GUGUGGUGUGGUAGUAGUAGUGCGACAGAAUGCGGUACAACGACCGCAUAAAUGAGUAAUCGGAGGACGAGAACCGGUCGGAAGGACGGAGAGAAGAUCCCGGCGGAAAAGACGCCAGCUCGUGUGGUAGGACUCGAGCCGCCUGUGCAUAGGUAAGGGGGUAGAAUCGAUCGACACGGAGGACGAAAGAGGUAGCCCGAUCGGAGACGCUAUCAGGGGGAGGGAGAAGGCCAGAUAGGACCAGAGAGAGAGAGAAAAAAAAGCUGAAAGCGGGGGAGGGUCGAAAGGUUGAGCGACCGACGAAGGAGAAAGAAGAGGACGUGGCGGAACCACGUUCGCCGGAGGAGGAGGAGGAAGACGGAAAGUGGAAAAGAGAGAGGGAACAGAGAGGGGAAGAGAGAUGAGCCUGGUGGGUGACUCGCAAAGCGCGGUGGUCGGCUGUUCGACGAAAGGCAGAUAGCGCCAUUAGUUGUUGCUGGGUCGGAGAACGUCGUGCCGAUGCCCGCCACGGCCCUGGCCAUUGGCGAAGAAGGGGAAGAGGAGGAGGAGGAGGAGGAGGAGGAGGACGGGGCAAAAGGGGGCAGGAGAGGGCACAGUGGGGCCCGGAGGGCCGCGAUGUACGACCCCUCGAAGGGACAUCAUCCGUUCGGGACUCCCCAGAUUUUCUUCCUGGUGCUCGUUUGCCUCUCGAUCGCCGCCGAUGCCUCGCCUCUUCAUCCUGUGCCACCGCACCGAGGUAUCACUCAGAGCUCGUACAUCGGUUAUUACGAGGUGGCCACUUACGAUACCGUGGCCUUGAGACAUCAUCGUAACCGGUUACGUCGCGAUGUCACCGACACAGCCGAGAAUCAACCACUGCUGGUCCACCUCAGAGCCCUGGACAAACAAUGGACGUUACGGUUAAUUCGAGACAGGAGCCUAUUCAGCAAAGACGCGACGUUCGAGGACACUAAUGGACCGAUCAUCUUCGAUACGUCGCACUCGUACGUGGGCACCGUAUUGGAGGACGAGACCGCGACGGUGCAAGGGAUCGUGACGGAGGACGGUCUGUUCGAUGGGAGCCUGGUCACCGGAUUCGAGGAGUAUUACAUCGAGCCCACCAGCAGAUACUUGAAUAAAGAUGAGGACACAUCGCCGACGUAUCACAGCAUAACUUAUCGUUCUUCGGACGUGUUGACGCCGAGACGGUCCCUUCCUUGCGCUAGUCAUCAGCUGCACCGAGGAGAACUUGGUGAUUCCAUAAGAAGACGUCACGAGAACGAUUCCCGAACGUUUUACGAACCUCUGCUCGGCGAGAACGUGGGUGCUCUCUACUCGAGGGAGAACAGCGCACGGGUUUUAACAUCGAGGAAGGAUAACGCCGCAACGGCGGCACGUACGGAAACAACGGGCCAUUACUACGGGGAUCGGAUCGCGAGACAUUUGCACAAACGUGCAACGGUGGAUCCACGGAAGACAACUUGUAUGCUCUAUCUGCAAGCAGACCAUCAGUUUUUCGCGCGUUACGGCACCGAGGAGGCUUGCAUCGAGGUGAUGACCAGACACGUGCAAAGGGUCAACUCCAUUUACAAGCACACCGAUUUCAAUCAGGACGGCAGGCCCGACAACAUCAGCUUCAUGAUCAAACGCGUGAAAGUUCACAGCGAGGACGCUCUCAGGGAUCCCAAUUAUCGGUUCCCCGGGAACUAUGGCGUGGAGAAAUAUCUGGAGCUGUUCUCCGAGGAAGAUUACGACGCGUUCUGUCUGGCUUACAUGUUCACCUACAGGGACUUCGAGAUGGGCACGCUUGGGCUCGCUUGGACCGGCGAUCUGAAGAACGCUGGCGGUGUAUGCGAAAAGAACGGCCACUAUCGCGGCAGCAUGAAGUCGCUGAACACCGGGAUAGUGACUCUGCUGAAUUACGGGAAGCACGUACCGCCGGCCGUUUCUCACGUCACUUUGGCCCACGAGAUCGGUCAUAACUUUGGUUCACCGCACGAUCCGGAACAAUGCACGCCCGGCGGUGAGGACGGAAACUUCAUUAUGUUCGCCCGCGCGACCAGCGGUGACAAGCGUAACAAUAAUCGUUUCAGCCCGUGCAGCUUGACUGCCAUCAACCCGGUUCUGAAUAGCAAAGCUCGUUCACCGAAGGGCUGCUUCACCGAACCACAAGUGUCGUUAUGCGGGAACGGUGUGGUCGAGGAUGGCGAAGAAUGCGACUGCGGAUGGGAAGAAGAUUGCAGGGACUCGUGUUGCUUCCCCCAACGACGUUAUCCACCGCCUGACGAGACCCCGUGCACCUUAACAUCUGGCUCCGUGUGCAGUCCUAGUCAAGGUCCUUGCUGUACCGCCGAGUGUCAUCUACGAUUCGGUGACAAAUGCAGAGACGACAAUGGAUGCCGCGACGCGAGCUUCUGCGACGGCCGUACACCGUAUUGUCCCCCUUCUAUCAAUAAACCGAACAAGACGAUCUGCAACCGCGAAUUUGUAUGCUUUAUGGGGGUAAGCACUAACGGGGGUAGUAUUAUGUAACAAGUCUCUCGAGGGCACGGAUAUUGUUUAUACAUACAUAUCUUACUCUUUGCAGGACCGAACGAUCCGUCAACGAAGGCCUGCGAACUUUGUUGUCGCCUUCCGGGAGAGAAUCAGCCUUGCUCAUCGUCCUUCGACUGGAACGCUCCGCCGUACGAUAUUCCGGACAUGUUCUCCAAACCAGGGACACCUUGUAACGAUUACAACGGAUACUGCGACGUGUUCCAAAAGUGUCGAGAGGUGGAUCCAAGCGGUCCGUUGGCGACUCUACGGAAGCUUUUACUUUCCGACGAGAGUCUGGCCACAUUCCGACGCUGGAUAAUCGAUCAUUGGUACGCGGCCGCAUUGAUCGUUCUGGCAGCAAUAUCGUUACUGGUGGCGAGCAUGAAGGUUCUGGGCAAGCGGCCGGACCUGAAACUCAAGUCGGUCACGAUAAUACACAGCUCGACGACGGAAACGGUUCGACUGCCGCCGGAGGGCACGGAGGGGGUCACGGUACACCCGCCGGCUGUACGUGCAAAGCUUCCGCUGAGCCGAAAGGUCCGGGAGAAGAGGAGGCACCGAAAGCAUAAGGACUCCUCGCACGGGAACGCAGUUGACAAGUCCAACAAGGAUGCAUCGAAGAAGAAGAAGCAAUCGCAACAGCAGGUAAAGAGAGCGCCCGUGAUUCCCAACGAGGACUUCGCCAGGAAGAGAACAGCGGAGGCGACCACCGGUGUGGUACAAGAUAACAAACGGAAGAAGACCUUCCCAUCACGGGAGAAGCAAACAUCCAGCGCAAACGCGACCAGUAACUCGGAGAGCGAUAAAAGAAAACGGAAGAAGCAACACAAGAAAGAGGUGAUCGAUUAUUCCGCCAUCCAGGCGGAGAAAGAACCCGAGCCAAACGCCGAUCCCAAGAGCAAAGUUCGUUCCUGGUUGCUAGCCUCUUCCCAGUGCCGACCAGAAACGAUCAGAACAAGCGCGACCGGCCUAACCAAGAGCAAAUCCACUCCGGUGGGGCUGAUGGGCGCCGGGACCAGGUUACCAACGACACGACAGGUGAAUGCCUCCAGAAGACCCACUGAAUCCAGGGAUGCGAAACCAUUGCCUAGCAACGGGGCCAGAAAAGAGAGGGCAAAGCUGCAAGUGGUGUACAAACCGCCGUUCAGGUUCAGCGUGAAGUUGAAAAAGCCCGACAAAGUGGCCCAAGUGCCUGCCCAGACGGCGAACGCGACACACCUGAAUGGUAGAUCGAAGCUGCCAAGAACAGGCGUUCUGCUGAGGACCGCGAAGAAGAAGGACAGGGUCAGAAUCGGCAGGGCCAGGCAAAUAGCACCCACAGGGAUUGGAAAUAGUGCGGGUGACCUACCCGAACCGGCCAAUUCUGACCUUCAUACCGUUCCAUCUGAUCUGGAGGUGUUGUUAUCCGAGAGCGAGUUCCUCUUCUCGGACACGUGA